GGCACUUGUUAAUGCUUUUAUUUUGGAAAUCACACAUUGGCCCACGUGUUUCCGCUUUGUGUUAGGGCUAAUAGCAAAUUAAUUGCUGGUUGCAGCUUUCUAGUGACUUUUUUUAAAGGAAUUCGUGUAGUUUGCGUUAUGGAAAGCGGUCCAGUGGAGAGCACAGAUAUAUUCCUGCCGUUGUCAUCCCUAAGACUGCUGAUCCCUCCUAUGCGGCUGAUUUCUGCAGCCAUGUGGCAGGUGGCUCAACGGAGGGAUGUUCUCGACUAUGAAAAGCUUGAUGAAUUUGUGACACUGGUCACAGCAUCAGUUCCGGACCUGCUCAAUCCGAAGCAACGAGGAAAACUGCUGCUUCGGCUGCGAGCCAGAGUUAUACUUGAGCUGUGCAGAAAUGAGGAAACAGCCAACAUCCUGUGUGUACAGCCUCACCUAGAGCGAAUCCACCCACCGGGAUACACAGGAAGUGGGGAUGCAGAGGUGGAUGCAGAAGAGGCCAUCUUUGUGGAGCUAACCCAAACACUCCUGAAAGACCCAGCAGAGAGGGAACAUUUUUACCAGGAGGUUUUCCCCACAGAAUAUGGCCUCAGCUAUGAUGCAGACAUGCAGCUGCUUGUGUGGGAGUUUCUCUCCAAAUUAGAAAGACUUCUGCCGGUGCCAGACCUCGGUCAGACUGUUUCCUGGCUUACCUCUGCCCCCUCUGUGCUGAAGGACUGCUUGCAGGUGUUCUCCAAUCCCAGUGACCUCAAGUCUCUCCUGCAACACCACAAAUGCCUUGAGCACCUCAGCACCCAAGGCACGACAGUGGAGAUGUCCACCCAGGUCUUUGCCUGCUCAGAGUGUCCCUUCUUCCACAUGCAAGAGUCCUACCUGCUGCAGCACAUUGAGCACAGCCAUCCUGAACAAUACGUCAAACUCCAGAGGGCUGCACAGACAUGUGAGACCCCCAAGAAGACGUUCCCUCCUGAGUUCCCAAAGCCCUUCCCCAUCCACGACAGGCCCGACCCACACACAUGCCAGGAGUGCGGCAAAACGUUCACGCGGGUCUCGGACGUGACUCGUCACCAGCGGACCCACACGGGCGAGCGCCCGUACACCUGUGAGGAGUGUCGGAAGGGCUUCAAGAAUUCUUGGGAUCUGACCAGACAUCAGCGCAUCCACACUGGAGAGCGCCCCUUCCUUUGCUCUCAUUGUGGCAAACGGUUCACUCAGAUGGGGCUGCUCAAACUGCAUUCUGAGCGAACAGCUUGUGGCCAGACCUGCAACCCUCAGCUAGACCUAACAACAGAGGUGGUGGUGACAGAGGUGGUGUCAGAGAAGGGGGGCGGUCAGUAUAAAUGCCAGAAAUGUGGUGAGAGCUUUAGCAGCAUCCUGGAUCGACUGAGGCACAGGCAGAGGCACAUCGUAAGGCGUCAGUACAAAUGUCCCAUGUGUGAGAAGAUCUACGGCCGAGCCUCGGACCUGAAGAGACACCAGAUGAAGCACACAGGUGAGCGGCCAUUUCCAUGCGAGUGCGGGAAAAGCUUCACCCACAUGUGGCUUCUGAAUAAGCACCAGCAGACCCACAGCAGAGAGCGUCCCCACCCCUGUGCAGAGUGCGGAAAGAGCUUCACGCAGCUUCAGAUCCUUAACAGGCACCUCCUGACUCACAAUGGCCAGCGGCCUUUCCAGUGCUCAUACUGUGAGAAGAGCUUCACCCAGCUGGCCAGCCUCACACGCCACGAGAGAAUCCACACAGGGGAGCGGCCAUACCUCUGCACCACCUGCCAGAAGUCCUUUCUCACUCACGGAGAGCUUGUGAGGCACCAGCGCAUCCACAGCAACUUCCGGCCCUUCAGCUGUCCUCAGUGCCCGAAGAGCUUUAAAACCAAGCGCGCUCAGAGUGAACACUUCCACAGCCACAUAGGCGAGCACCCGUUCGAAUGCGGCCGCUGCGGAAAGAGGUUCUCCAAGUCCACCUCGCUCGUCCGACAUAACCUGACUCACACGGGGGAGCGACCACACUCAUGCUCCCAGUGUGGGAAAACCUUCCUGACCUCUGGGGAGCUGCUCCUGCACAAACGCACACACACCGGAGAGAGGCCGUACCCUUGCUCUUACUGUGAGAGGAGGUUCAGGUGCUCAUCAGACCUCAACAUACACGUACGGACUCACACCGGCGAGAAGCCACACAGCUGCGCAUUCUGUAAGAAGGGCUUCUGUACGUCUACGAGGCUGAAGAGACACAUGCGCACACACUCAGAGAAGGUGGAUUUAUUGAGUCCUUGAGCUAUUGGGGGAAAAUCACUUCGUUGCUCCAACAUAACUGUUGUCAUUUAAAAUAAAAAGAGCCUUAAAUUAGU